AUCCGCCACCCUAAUUUGGCCAGCCUUCCAAACUAGAACAACACAAUCCAAGAGCGCGUGGGAGAGCGAGCGAAAAAGCAAGAUCAAGAGAGAGCGAUCGAGAGAAGACAACACAAGAAGCAAUAAAGAGUCGGGGACCGGAGCGAAGGACCGAUGGCCGUCUACUUCAGCAUCACCGCCUUCCUUGUCGUCAUCAUCCUGGUCCUGGCCGCGUGCGGCGUCGUUUUUGUCAAUGUCGUCGUCAUCAUCUGGGGCUUCGCCCUCGCCGCGUCUCCGUUCUCGUUCUUACUGUCCAAGGUCAAGUGGCAUUCGCGGCUACCGCCAUCGUCACGGAUGCCGGAGGAGGAGUUGAUGUUUCCGUCGCACUGGUUCGACGAAACACUACUGCAGGCGGACUCGGAGGAGGAGGUGCUGCUUCCGACGCACUGGUUCGACGAAACACUAUUGCAGGAGUCUACAUCGUAGUAGACAGCCGUGAUCGAGCUUGGAUGGGACGGAGUUGACGCGUCCUUUGGAACUGGAUCAGUUCUUGUUCUUGAAGUUGAAGGAUUCUUUCGACGUUUCUGUCACUGCAUUUUUGGAACUGAUCAAGGGUAGUAUGCUGGUGCGUGUCGCCUGAUAGUCUAGAUUAGUUAUUGAAACAUUUUUUCAUUGUUUCUGCCAUUCGCUUUCUUGGAAACUAUCGAGCUUAGCUGCGUUCAUGCUCUUUUGU